UCCAAACUCCUCGAAUCGGGAUUUUGUGUGUGUGUGAGUGUGUGUGUGUGUUUGUGUGUGUGUGUGCGUGUGUGUGUGUUCAGAGCUUUGUGUUGGUGGAUGUUCAGAUAUAGAAAGUCUGCACCGCUGGAAGCUCGAGUCCGGAUUCUAGGUUUUUGCGUAAUGCUGAGGCGUCCUCUGUUCAACAUCUGGAUUAACUAUUUGGAGUCAGAGCUAGCGGCCCUGCACAAACCUCUGAGAGUCUGGCCUAUCUUUGCGGAAAGUCUACCCUUUUCUCUGGGAUUUAACUCCUUCUGAUAAACCGAGGUUUGCGCGUAGAUUAUGUAUUCUUUAAAAUGGGUGCGAACAAUGGAAAACAGUAUGGAAGCGAGGGUAAAGGGAGCUCAAGCAUCUCUUCUGACAUAAGUUCGAGCACAGAUCAUACACCAACUAAAGCUCCAAAGAAUGUGGCUACCAGCGAAGGUUUAGACUCCAGCACACGGACUCUCAGCACCCCCAGUCCUGGUCUUAUCCUUCCAUCCAAGUCCUCCUCUCUCUCCUCGCCUGCCCUCUCCAGUAACGGCCAUGAGACCAACUCCUCCUCGUCCUCCUCCGCCCCCGCCGAGACCGUCGCCGUCGUCCACCCUCAACCCGGCACUCACACGCGCUCCCGCCAGUCAAAGAGCCACCACCACGCCCCCAUUGACCUCCUCCCCGAUCACUCCCUCCUGCAGAUCUUCUCCCACCUCCCCACCAAUCAGCUGUGCCGCUGCGCACGCGUAUGCCGCCGCUGGUACAACCUGGCGUGGGACCCGAGGCUGUGGAGCACCGUCCGGCUGACCGGAGAGCUGCUUCACGUCGACCGCGCCAUCAGGGUCCUGACCCACCGGCUGUGCCAGGACACACCGAACGUGUGUCUGACCCUGGAGACGGUGAUGGUGAAUGGCUGCAAAAGGCUCACCGACCGGGGGCUGCACGUGGUGGCUCAGUGCUGCCCCGAGCUACGUCGCCUGGAGGUUGCCGGCUGUUACAACAUCUCUAACGAGGCUGUGUUUGAGGUGGUGUCCCGCUGCCCCAACCUGGAACACCUGAACCUCUCAGGCUGCUCCAAGGUGACGUGCAUCAGCCUCACCCAAGAGGCCUCACUCCAGCUGUCCCCUCUACAUGGCCAGCAGAUUUCCAUUCACUACCUGGACAUGACCGACUGUUUUUCUCUCGAGGAUGAGGGCUUGCGAACUAUCGCCUCCCACUGCCCCCGCCUGACACAUCUGUAUUUGCGCCGCUGCACCAGACUGACGGACGAAGCCUUGCGCCACCUGGCUCUCCACUGCCCUUCAAUAAGGGAGCUUAGCCUCAGUGACUGCCGCUUGGUGGGGGAUUUCGGCCUGCGUGAAGUCGCCCGCCUGGAGGGCUGCCUGCGCUACCUGAGCGUGGCCCACUGCACCCGCAUAACUGACGUGGGCAUGCGCUACGUGGCCCGCUACUGCCCGAGACUGCGCUACUUGAACGCGAGGGGUUGCGAGGGGCUGACGGACCACGGCCUGAGCCACUUGGCCAGGAGCUGCCCCAAACUCAAGUCCCUGGAUGUGGGCAAGUGCCCGCUCGUGUCGGACAGCGGGCUGGAGCAGCUGGCUAUGUACUGCCAAGGCCUGAGGCGAGUGAGUCUCAGAGCCUGCGAGAGCGUGACCGGCAGAGGACUCAAAGCUCUGGCGGCCAACUGCUGCGAGCUGCAGCUGCUCAACGUGCAGGACUGCGAGGUGUCGCCGGAGGCUCUGCGGUUUGUCAGACGCCACUGCCGCCGCUGUGUCAUCGAGCACACGAACCCCGCUUUCUACUGAGGCGGGGAGUCCCGGGACUGCUCUUCUGACAAGUGGAUGUUCUAAUAUUCCUGCUAUGGCAGAGCUCAGCGGCCGAUGUGUUAGAACUGGUUGAAAACUGGUGUGCAAUACUGGUCAGAGUCUGUCUCUUUAAAUCCGCUUGGUGGCUGUCCAUGAAAAUACUUCCCUAGAAUGUAUUUAACAUAUUUAUCUGUAAAAAGGCAGAGAAGUGCAGUAUGUCGGUAUAUUACUUCUUUCAACGUCACAGUGUAACAACAUGCUACAACACUGAGCACUGGGUACAGUUACCAUUUAAAAGCAUUGUAAUAUAUUUUUAUUGUAAAGGUCAUCACCGUAAGGCCCCGAAACAUAACCAUUAUCAUGCAUUACUUCAUCUAUUUAUAAACAGCAAGUAUCUUCAGACUAAACCACUAAGAAUGUAGCUACGAAGCAGCAACUGAAGCAGAUCUGGUGAUUUAAGAUAUUCCUGGCUCACUUUCUUUAUGUUGUGUGCAUACGCACUUUAUGGGACUGCGCUGACAAUCACUGCAGCCGCGCUCAAAGUGUCAUCGUUUUGUCGACCGAUUUGCUGUCAAUGAACUAUUAGCCAGAGAAUUUUUACUGCCGAGUAGAAACAAACUGUUAUGGGCUUGUCGUUGAAAAUAAACAAGAACACAUUGCUGCUAUAACUGUGCCAAUAAACUUCUUCAAA